AUGUUAUUCUGGAAUGGAGCAAUGGCUACAUUCAGCAUGAUGGGAACACGGCGACCUGGAUUAGAAUUUUUCAACAUGUUAUGGACAAGUCGCAUCUUUUUCGCCGUGCGUAGUGUGCAGCUAGCUCAUAACGAGAGACCUGAGUACCGUUUUACCGCUUUAUGUGGAAUGGAUGAACGCCGAGUGGAAAAGGCGGUAGGCCCGGUGCUCUAAGCUCUUGCUGAUCUCGCCAUGGAGAAUGCAAAUGGACUUUUUAUUGAUCGAGAGCGACAUGAGCAAUCUUUCAUGAGAUUGUGGAAAACGCUAAGAAACGUCGGCGACUGUGGAAAACCAGCGAAGUAUGGACAAAACUAAGUGACCGAAUGGCGCAGAUGAAACAAGGGUUAGGCGAAAUCGCCGCUUCAUUAGACAAAUCAAACUAAGUCGAAUUGAAACAAGAAGCUGGCACUGAAGGAAAAGAUUAUGAUUACGGUAAAUGUGAUCUGAUCCAACGUUCUAGUCCAGUAGUAGUAAUGUUUUAUCCAUUGCAAGUUGUUUGAAAAGCUUGUUGCUUGUUAUGAAUCUCAUCAAUACGUUCAAAUGAACUUCUUCAUAUGCAUUAAAUCGUUAAAACC